AUGGACAACCCAACACCAGCUGCGCCAGCCAAUCGACAUGCACCCACCGCAUAUGAAACUCAGAGAGCGCAGCUCGAUAAGCUGCUCAAAGAUCCAUCCAAACCAGUCGUUCUCCCAGAGCCACCAGCACAAAAAAUCAUUCGUGCCCCCCGAGAAAUGAUGAAGAAUGUGCAAGGGUCAAGUGCGGGUGCAGGGAGCGGCGAGUUUCAUGUCUACAAACAGAACCGCAGACGGGAGUACGAAAGGAUUAAAAUGAUGGAGGAGCAGAGCGAAAAGGAAACGGCCAUAAGAGAAUUUGAGCAACGUCGUGCAGAACGUGAGGCCGAAGCAGAAUCAAAGACGGCGAAGAAUCGUGCGAAGAGACUAAAACGCAAGGAACGAGGAAAGGGGAGCAUGUCUGAUACACUCCCCCACAUGGCUUCUGAGGCCACUGGCACUGCACAGAAGAGACGGAGAUUGGAGAACCACGGAGUCGAAGUUAUUGAUCAGGCUAAAGGAGAGGAUAAUGAUGUGUCCCCCGAGCUAUGUAUUUUGGGAUCUGCGGAGCAACCUGCCGCGGCAGCUGAAGAGAGCGUACUAGUGGUUCUUGACGAUCCAUAAGAAUUCUCUACGAUUAUCCAUACUCG